AAUUUCGGGGUUUGAGUUUGUGCGACGCUGUCGCCGUCAUUCCUGCACUCAUCGACACAAUGCUUGCGAUAUCACGUUUGGUGGUGCCUUGGGCGGCGUUCUCGUCGCUGGCCGUAGCUACGACGGCUGGUCAUUUCAAUGAUACCUCGGUCUGUGCGGAUCCAAAGGGGAUAAAAAAGUGUUAUGAGAAAGCAGAGACGAGCUAUGCGAAUUGUAUCAUGAGUAACUGCUCCGAUGGAAGCAAGGGCUGCUACGACUCGUGUAAUGGCGAUACUACAUGCAUGGCUACGCAGUGUCCGAAUAUUGGAAUAGACUGUAUCAAUGCUUGUGGAUGCGUCAGGGCCACUGAUCAGAUUGAUUGUACUGCAUCCAGUUGCUGGAACCAGGUAUACUCUUGCGAAUAUCAGCAAACGGCACAAGACGUUCUUGACCUAUGUUUGAGUUUCGACAUCGAUCGAAUACCCUUCUGGCCAGCCCCGGAAAAUGCGCCGGGUGGAUGUUCGUGCAAUAUUGGAAACCUUGCUCGGAAAGAGACGCUGAUCUCGGCGCAACUCACCGAGUGCAGCAAUAAUAUGACUAAUCUCGAUCAACUCUCCGAGGGGAAGAAUAUGACGGACUAUGCUCAGGCUUGUGUUUGCUGUGCACAGAGCGCCAUUGUGUCUGCCAUCUGGGGUGUGUGCCCAAGUACGAAGCCCUCCGAAAUUGGAGUCGACGACUGGUACAAUGCGUUUCUGGGCCCUCAUCACUGGAAGGAAUGCGGUCCAUACCUCGAGGCAUACGACUGUGGCAGCAAUCUAGGCUACGCCGCUGAGAGUGCCGGCGACACGCAUACCUUUUACAGGCCGAACAGCCUCCCUAAAAACGGGACCGAGACAUUAUAUAACACUGGUGGCAUACUGAGCACUCCGGUCAGUGGAGCCACUUUUACCUGGACAGAUGGCUCUCUUUUGCACGGUAUCACUGCUGCGUCGACAAAUAAUGUCGUCUCGGCUACUGGUGCAGGCGCUCAGGGAGCAACUGCGACGGCAACCGGGACUGGCGCAAGUGCUUCAAAGACUGGUGGUGCAACUAUCUAUUCCCCGCCUACAUGGGCUGGUGCUGGCAUGGCAAUGCCAACCAACGACAAUACAAUUGUUCUUCUGACCUAGCUUUGGACUUGUAACCGGCAUAUCUUGCACGACAUCGUGAAUCGAGUACCGUCGCAGCGAAUGAGGAGGCAUCCCAUGGGCAUUGGACGAUUCUCAAUCGGUAAGAUUGACCCGUGCUGUUUUACGGAGUACCUUAGAGACCGUAAAUAUGAGCCAGUGCAGCCCAUACGUCCUCCUAAUGUCUCCAAGAGCUGCUGGUCAUCGAGUGAAAUCAUCGUUUGGGCGAGUCACACUAUGACCAGACAUAUACAAGCCUCCUGUAUCGUUGGGAAGGUUCGAUAAGCUUCUCACAAAGCUGAAAUUCAGCAGGAGACUUGAUUCGUGAUUGCUGAGCCUAUAAGCCAAGCUUUUAAAAUACAUACAUACUUCUCGUAAGAGGAAACCAUGGAUAUCUUGCGGGUCACUGCCAUCUAGCUGUUACUAUCCGACACCUUGCCAUCUAU